AUGGCAAACAAGAUCUUAUCUAUAGCUGAUCUCGAAGAGGCGGCUUCGAGAUCUUUGUCCGUAUCCGCAAGAGAAUUCUUCAAUUCCGGGGCAACAAACCAAGUGACACUCCACGACAAUUGUGCUGCGUAUAGGAAAUAUCGUCUUUUACCCAGGGUUUUGAGAGAUGUCUCUGGUGUCAACACCAAGAUUUCCCUGUUUGGUCAAGAUAUUGCAUUCCCGCUCUGUGUCUCACCUGCUGGACUACAGGCCAUGGCGCACCCAGAAGGCGAGCUAGCCACAAGUCGAGCAUGUGCCAAGAUGGGUGUUUCCAUGGGUGUCUCCUCCUAUGCCAACCACUCGGUUGAAGAAAUCACCGACGCGGGCAAGGAAGUGGGGCCUAUUCACCAUGUUAUGCAGCUGUACGCGAUGAAUGACAAGGCUAAACAAGAACGAAUUGUCCGACGGGCGGAAGCUGCAGGUUGCAAGGCUAUCUUUCUGACAGCUGACAGCCCCGUCCUUGGUGUACGCUGGAAUGAAUGGCGCAAUGGAUUCAAGGCUCCACCUGGUCUGGAAAUUCCGAUGUAUGAAAGAACAUCUGCCGAAAUCCAAGCACAGUCACACGAUGAUGGCUUUGCCUCAGCCAAUUCAGAUUCUCAUUCCUGGGCCACGGAAAUACCGUGGUUGCGUAGUAUCACGAAGAUGGAGAUCUGGAUCAAAGGUAUUCUCACACCGGAGGAUGUCGAGACUGCUAUUGAAUAUGGAUGCGAUGGCAUCAUCACUAGCAAUCAUGGUGGUCGACAACUGGAUGAGACACCGGCCACAAUUGAUGCGCUCCCUGCAUGUGCUAAGACCGCGCGGGGGAGGAUCAAAAUUCAUGUUGAUGGUGGAAUUCGAUCCGGGAUAGAUAUCUUCAAGGCGCUCGCUCUUGGUGCUGAAUGCUGCUGGGUUGGUCGUCCUGCACUUUGGGGACUCGCUCAUGAUGGUCAACAGGGAGUGGAGCUAAUGCUUAAAAUCCUGUUCGAUGAUUUCAAGCGAUGCAUGCAGCUCACUGGUUGUCGGUCUAUCUCUGAGAUUAGCUUGGCAAGUGUGGGCAUUUUCGAGAAGGGCCCGAUUCUGGAUGUAACUGAGGUCUACGAUUCUGAAGACAAUGACUUUGUUUCGCGCCAAACCCGUCACAAUAGGGCACAAAGAACUCGCCCCUGCUGGGCGAGGGCCCUGAGAAAGGGACUCUGUGCCCUCGUUAUCACCGGGUUGAUCACCUACUAUCUAGUCCUUCCACAUGGCUCCCCGUCUAGUGACAACAACGCGUCCCCGCACCCCGAGGCUUCCCCGCUUUGUCAAUCGCAGGAAUGCAUUCACGCUGCAUCCGAAAUUCUCUACAAUCUGGAUCCAAAUUAUAAGGAUAUAGAUCCCUGUACUGAUUUCAACCAAUACGUCUGCGGUGGAUGGAGGGAGCGCCAUGACAUGCGGCCCGACCAGGGAUCCAUCUUUGCGGGCACAAUAAUGGCAGAGAACGCUCAGACUAAAUUGCGUCAUAUCUUGGAGCGCACGGAACCACCGCAACAAUCCGAUGCUGAUAAUUUCGAGAAACUCAAAGCUGCAUACGAUGCUUGCUUAGAUGAGGCUACAGUCAGCAAACGGGGCAGCAAGCCCUUGACUGAUAUGCUUGAUGAGCUGAAGAGCAUCUAUCCCGUGAAGACUGGUCUUGUAAACGGAGCCCCGGACCAUCUCACAAGUGCUCUCUUGUAUCUGAUGAGCGCUGGUGUUGAUGCUCUGGCUUCUUCCGGGGUUACUCCUGACGAUCGCGAUCCUGAUAAUGUUGUCAUCAUGAUCUCGCCACCUCGGCAAAUUGGACUUCCCGCAAGAGAGUACUAUAAUAAUACGAAGACCGUAGCCGACUACACAAACACAUUAAAACAGGUCAUUCGAGGACUUGCUGGCGACGGACUCGAUAAAGUCGUUGAAGAUGUUGUAGCCUUCGAAAAGAAGCUUGCUGACGUGACCCCGGAUACUCAAACCCAGGAAGAUGUCACCAAAUAUUACAACCCGCUUAGUAUCAAGGAAACCGAGGCACUUGUUCCUGAGAUCUCCUUUGCUGAUAUUAUCUCAUCUCUGGCUCCUCACAACUACAAAGGAGACCGUCUAAUCAUUGGAUCACCCUCCUAUAUGAAAGCACUGUCUGGUCUGCUGAAAGAUACACACAGGGAUACAGUUUUGCUCUUCUUGCAAUGGAAGAUCAUCCAGGCCUUUGCGGAUGUCAUUGAAGAUGACUCCGUCGAGCCUCUUCGGCGAUUCAAGAAUGUGCUUGCAGGCAAAGAGCCUCAGGCGAAGCAGGAGCGAUGGCGUAAAUGCCUGGGACGCCUAGACGACGGACUUCCAUGGAGCCUCAGUCGUUUCUAUGUGCUCGAUGCGUUCUCCGAGGCCUCAAAAAAGCUUGGCGAUCAGAUCGUAUCCGAUAUCAAGGAGCGAUUCAUUUUCACCCUAGAUCAGACUCACUGGAUGUCUCCAGAUGUGCGGAAACUGGGAAUUGAGAAGGUAGAAAACAUUGUCCAGAAAAUUGGAUUCCCUACAAAAAGCCCCAAUGUUCUGGACCCCGAAGAUGUGAAGAAAUAUUAUCGGGACCUGGAAGUGUCCAAGGAUACUUUCUUUGAAAAUGAGGUUGCCGUGACGAGGUUCCAACUCCGGGAAGAAUGGUCUAAGCUGGGCAAGCCCACCAACCGGGAUGAAUGGGACAUGAGUGCGCCGACUGUCAAUGCUUAUUACAACCCCCCAGGCAAUGAGAUUGUGUUCCCUGCCGGCAUCAUGCAGCCGCCGGCGUUCUAUGGACCUUCUGCGCCAUUAUAUAUGGCAUAUGGCGCAUUUGGUUCUGUCAGUGGUCACGAGCUUUCACAUGCUUUCGAUUCUACUGGUCGACACUAUGAUGAGAGCGGAAACUACACUAACUGGUGGGACGAUAAAACCGUCGAUGCGUUCGAAGAGCGUGCUCAAUGCUUUAUUGACCAGUAUUCCAACUUCACGGUCAUUGGGCCCGGUGAUAAGGUCCUCCAUGUCAACGGCCGAUUGACGUUAGGCGAGAAUAUCGCCGACGCUGGAGGACUGACCGCAUCAUACCACGCAUGGAAGAAGCACGACGAGGUAAAGCCUGAUCUUCAUCUGCCAGGAUUGGAAGCGUUCACCAAAGAGCAGUUGUUCUUUAUCGCUUACGGCAAUUGGUGGUGCGGAAAGUCUACCAAGGAGGCGGCUGAGCAGGCGAUCUAUAACGAUCCUCAUGCCCCGAAAUCAGCACGUGUUAUCGAAACCAUGGCCAACUCGAGGGAGUUCAAGGAUGCAUUUAGUUGCCCGGAUAGGAAGCCGACUUGCAAGCUCUGGUAG